AUUCAGAAGGUAUCGCCCCACCUUCUCUUAUUCUCCUCAGCUACAGUCAAAGAGGGGGUUUGGCAGCGCCGUCUGCAUUUUGUACUGAAGACCGGUAACAGUCCAGUGGACGCUUUUCUCUGCUGCGGUAUAUUUGCUUGUUGGUCCGCUGACACUUUUAAACACUCGGACAUGUUUCUUCAGCAGCCCUGCUUUGCCUACUACAGGACUAGGGACUUGUGUAUGGUGAGAGGGAAGAGAGCGGAGUGCUGAUAGGACCGUGUGUCUGACUCUGUCUAACCUCCUUCUCUCAACAAAACGACUCGCACUCACACAGCAACGAGCCGCCACAUGGAGAGGAGCCGCUAACAAAGUCUGUCUGCCACCGCUAUGGGGACCCUCACCUGACCAGCCUCACCUUCUCUGGGUUAAUAUAAUGCCGUUUUGCCCAAGAUGACUGAGGUGAAUCAUGCUUAUAUAAAUGAAAACUGUAAGGAUGUGGGUAAAACGCUGGACUGGGGCUACAUUGAAUGGCACCAGGACGAGGACAUGGCCAAAAGGACUGACGCCCACACUCAGACUGUUCAUGGAACAACUGUGGACAAAGAGACACAAACAAGUAAUCCCUUCAUAAUGCGGAUAGACUUGGCAAGGACACCUUCAAGACUGAGGUUUGGGUCUGUGAAGGAAACGGAUGGCAUGCCCACUCCACUGUUUCAGUUUGAUAGACAAGCCCCGGCCCGCAUCUCCACAUCUCCCACUUUGAGGAGGAUGAGGAGUACGAGACUUCCUUCACGGGAGCCGGGGAGGAUGGAUAGCACUCUGGAAGAAUCUGGGACCUGUGAAAGGACUUCACCAAAGAGUCCUCUGUCACCAGUGUAUAGGCAAAAGUCUCCUCUUGCCGUCAUUCCCACCCAGUCCAAUGGGGAGGGUCACCCGGACGGUCAUUCAGACACCUCAGUGCCCUGUGGGAAAAUCAGAUCACAUAGAUCAAAGACAAUUGACAGCAGUGGCAUUUGCACAAGGCAGAAAUUUCUGAGUCUGAAUGAGAGCGUCGACACCGACAGCACAACCGACGAUACAGAACAGGUGAAGGAACCCAGUCAUAAAAGGUUGCAGGAGCGGAGGCGAAGCUCUGUGGUGGUGACUCUUCCUGGAUUGGACGUUUCCCCUGGUGACCUCUUUGUUUCCAAUGGUGCUGCAGAUUUAUUAAACCGAUCCACAUAUUCAGAUACUAAAAAGUCGAAGUGGCCUUUUUCAAGACGUAGCACAACUAAAGCCAAGAUGCGCUCCUCUGCCGACAUUGAGAAAUGCCUGACAUCCAUUCAGAUCCAGGACAGGAGAGACUCAGACUUCCAACGAUACAAGGACUUGACUCUGGAGGAGUUUCUGAAAGAGCAUCCCCAGCUGAGGGUGGAGGAGGACCCCAUGGCCCACAAGAGACAGGAGGCCAUCUGGGAGCUUUUCACCAGCGAGUGUGUUUACUUCCUCGAUCAGCUGAUGGUGCUGAAAGAGGUUUUUCUUACCACCUUGUCAGACCUGCAGUUGCGGGAAUGUUUACAAGACAUUGACUCCUGGAGGCUAUUUGCCAACCUGAAUGAACUCUGCUUGGUUAGCUUUGGCUUCCUGACCAAUCUGCUGCGUGUGAUUAAAGAGUCGACUCCAGAAACGGACAUCACACAGACCCUCCUGGCACUUCUGAACAAGGCGUUUGGAGAGAGCAUUUGCCUCUGUCUGCAGAAGUACUGUCAGAACUACACUACAGCCAUUCUUUAUCUGGACAGCCUGAAGGCCAGGGAGGACUUUGGCUCCUAUGUGAAGUGGUGUGAGAGGAAGGAGCAGUGCCGCAGGCUGCAGUUGAGGGAUCUGCUGGUGGUUCCUCUGCAGAGGUUCACUCGCUACCCUCUGCUCCUGAAGAACAUUGAGAGGAGGAGCUGCAGUAAAGCAGAGGAGAGAGCACUGCAGAGCGUGGUGGAGUUGGUGGACAAAGCCAUAUAUGAUCUGGAGGGCAAAGUUAAAUGGCUGGAUAACUAUCAGAAAGUAAAACAGCUAAAGGAGGCCUUGGUGUGGCUCCCAGUAUGGGAGAGAGAAAAAAGGGCACACGUUCCUGAGAGUCUGAAACACUUGUUAAAAGCAGUGACUCUGGAAAACCUGGUCUCUAACCGUGUUCUCCUGUAUGAGGGGAAGCUCAUACUGACAGAGAAUGCAAAGCUGCAUGAAGUUUACCUGUUUCUUUUUGAUGAAUUCCUCCUGAUCACCAAGAUCAAACGAAGUAAAAAGCAGAAGUCUGGAGGGGUGGACACACAUCCCCUGCGUCCUGCGGUCAGCCAAGAACUGGGGCAGUUACUGCAGGAGGGCUGCAGCUUCACAGUGCUGGACCAGCCCAUCUCACUGGACCGCCUGCAGCUCAGAAACAUAGACCAGCUUAACGCUACAGCAUCUGGGCUUCCCUAUUCCUUCAUUGUAAUGCAUCAGAAUCGCUACCAGCAGUGCAUCGGAGUCUUUGUUCUACAGGCUCAGACUGAAUCUGCUAAGAAAACGUGGCUGUUGGAGAUUGAGGAGGCAGUUGGCGCUGUGCUGAAGCGCGACUGUCAGCAGCCUCGGAUAAAGAACUCCUCUCUCUAUCUGGAGUCAUCACAGAUCUAACUUCACAAACUCUGUACAGUCACCAUUGUAGGACACGUUCACUACACUCCUGUUCUCUGACACCAUUCCAUGUGACUCUAACCACUAAUGAGGCCUGCCAGGGUUGGAGCAUUCCAACACAGUUGUUUUUCUUUCUGACACUGAGGUCCUAACUGUAGCAACCUGUGUGUGGUGCUGGUGCCACUGACCAUUUUAAUUCCCAUGAAGAGCUCAUUCAGGUUGAGCAGCAGCGUAAGAGCAAAGUAGAUGGAAAUCAGAAAUGGCACAGUUGUGCAGCUGUAUGGCAAACGGCUGUGUUGCUGUACCGUUUCACCCAUUGUAGAUUAAAUGUGCCACAGAGGUGAAAUAUUUUGGCAAACACAGCACUAAACGCAGCCAAAAUGGACUCUACUGUAUUAAGGCAUAGAUCAUAAUACAAUUUGUGGUGUUUUUUAAUUAAAGUUUCUUUUGAAACUUGUAAAUAAU